CUGGAAAAUUAGAGAACCUCUAUGCCUGGCUUAUCUUCUAUCUUUCCAUUCCAUUCUCUUCGUUGGGACUGUCAAAGAGAGAGCUUUUGCUCUCAAAACGACGUCGUCCUUGUGAAUUGGAUUUCACACACUGAACUGAACUCUGAUAUGGUAUAAAGAGAACGAAGAAGAAGAAGAAAGAAGACAGCUUUGGUUUUCUCGCCAUUGAAAUCUCAAACUGCCGUAACUUCUCUCAGUAUCAGCAUCUGUUGCAGCUUCAGCUGAGUGUAUCAAUGGCUAUGAGUGGUUUGGUUUCGAACCGCAACUUUGCUACUUCUUUCAUUGCCUCAGGAAAUGUAUAUAGAUCUGGAAAGGAUCUGUCACUUCAGAGAGGAGGGAUUUCUGGAGUAUCUCAUUUUUCAAGAUGCCAGCCCAGGAUGCAUUUUCAAACUAACUCCCCGUUGGAAGAGACAGUUUCAGGACAGACACUCUCAUUUUGCAGUGAAGCAGGAGAGCAUUGUUCUUCAGUAUCAAGGCAAUCUGCUCGCCGUAUGAACUUUAAACUAAAGGCUGGUAGAAGAAGUCAGUCGUACAUUUCUUCAGCUCCCUAUGGAAGAGGCAAUAUUGAACAAAGGGCGGCAUGUGGACUAGGUUUGAGCAAGAGGAACCACAUUAAGGAAAAUAAGAUCCGUGUUUUCUACAAGUCCGAGGAAUAUGACAUUACAGAGGCAAAUAUGGAUUCUCUGCCAUCAGCUGAAGGGACAGGUGAAGCCAUUCUAUUGGGAGGAAAUCUUCAACAAGUGUCUCCUUGGUGGCAGCAGUUUCCUAAGCGCUGGGUUAUUGUAAAUAUGAGCAUAGCAAUACUUCCAAUGUCGCAAGAGUUCAACUGGAACAGUGCAACAGUCGGCCUAAUUCAGUCAUCCUUUUUCUGGGGUUAUCUACUUACUCAGAUCCUUGGUGGCAUAUGGGCAGACAAACUUGGUGGAAAGCUAGUGCUAGGUUUUGGAGUUGUGUGGUGGUCAAUAGCUACGAUUUUAACUCCUAUUGCUGCAAGACUUGGGCUGCCUUUUCUGCUUGUUAUGCGUGCCUUUAUGGGAAUUGGCGAGGGUGUUGCUAUGCCUGCAAUGAAUAAUCUGCUUUCCAAGUGGAUUCCUGUUUCUGAGAGAAGCAGGUCGCUUGCCUUCGUAUACAGCGGCAUGUACCUUGGUUCCGUCACAGGCUUGGCAUUCUCACCUAUACUAAUCCAGAAAUUCGGGUGGCCAUCAGUGUUUUACUCAUUUGGAUCCCUUGGAAGUAUCUGGUUCGCCUUAUGGUUGAAAAAAGCAUAUAGCUCACCAACAGAAGACCCAGAUGUUGCACCAGAGGAGAAAAGGCUCAUACUUGGAGGCAGUAUAUCCAAAGAAGCCGUGACAGUUAUUCCUUGGAAACUAAUUUUAUCAAAGCCACCUGUAUGGGCUUUAAUUAUAUCUCACUUUUGCCACAAUUGGGGAACAUUUAUUCUAUUAACCUGGAUGCCUACUUACUACAAUCAGGUUCUGAAGUUCAACCUUACAGAAUCUGGCCUCUUAUGUGUCCUGCCAUGGUUGACAAUGGCUGUUUUUGCAAAUAUAGGAGGCUGGAUUGCUGACACUCUUGUGAGCAAAGGCCUUUCCAUCACAAAUGUUCGAAAGAUCAUGCAAACAAUUGGGUUUCUGGGUCCCGCCAUUUUUCUUACACAGCUCAGCCAUGUUAGAACACCAGCUUUGGCAGUACUGUGCAUGGCUUGCAGUCAGGGAUCUGAUGCAUUCUCACAAUCUGGUCUAUAUUCAAACCAUCAAGACAUUGGACCACGCUAUGCUGGUGUAUUGCUAGGACUGUCAAACACCGCAGGUGUACUUGCCGGUGUCUUCGGUACAGCUGCAACUGGAUUCAUACUCCAACGAGGUUCUUGGAAUGAUGUAUUUAAGGUUGCUGUUGUGUUGUACAUAAUAGGCACAUUGGUCUGGAACAUCUUUUCAACUGGAGAAAAAGUUCUUGACUAAAAUCAACGCAGUGAUGUUAAAUGAAGAGAGGUAUCAACAGUAGAUGGAAUUAAAAUCAGAUGACAAAAAGCAUGUCAAAAUCAAUUGGAAGAGGAGGAAGAAACAGUGAAACACCCUGCUGAAAAACAUAGAAGAGACACAGAUUUUGGACCCAAAAAAAUAGCUAGGCCAUUAUAUUAUUAUUUUCUCCCAGAAUUCUUGGAUAAUGAAUUAACUUGGCACCUUUUGCAUGUGCCUUGUACCAUCAUCUAAUUAUGCUUUGUGUAUAGAUAGUUGAAGGGUAGUUUCCAACUGUAUAAUUUUCAUUUAAGCAUACUUAUGCUUAAAAGGAAAAAUACAUGUUAUAUGAGUAAUUCUACCACAUCAUACCUGACUUGGAAAUAGAUGCAAUGUUAUCUUGUAUC